AUGGGGACUCCUCAGCAGAAUAUUCUUGACAAUUCCACCGUCCUUGGGGAAAGAUUCGGCAUUGGCGAGAAUGUAAUAUACGACGAGGAGCUCUGUGACGUGCCGUAUGAACCUUCGGCGACUUUUCGUAAUAUAUGCUGGGCUCCCACGGGGACUGACACAGAUCCCCUAGCAUACUCUUACGGGCCCGAGAGAGAGUACCUGAUCCCUAAACCCGGAAGACCCAAAGGGCUUCUCGGCCUACUGCCUGAUCAGUACACAACUAAGUGGCCUAAGCCAGGUCAUCUCUUUCGAGGUGUCGGCGAGAAUGACCUCAAGAAUAAGCCCUUCGCGGCUGACAACUUCACGCCGAACAAUGCCCCGAUCGAUCACUACAAGACUCCCUUCGAACAUGUUGUCACGAACGUGAAUCAGUGGUAUAUUUCCAUGAGGGAGAUGACUCGCGGUCGUUUAAUGGCCAUGAAAGAUGCCAUCGAGAACCUCCCCACCGAGCAAACAACCGCCCAAGAUCGUCAGGGGCCCGAGUCCGAAACUACCCUCCAUGAGCUGUUGACUGCCUCCUGGACUGAAACGAUGAAGACAGCAGCCGAUUUCAAGAGAAAAAACCCGCCACCUAUGCCUAGAGAUGCAGUAGCUGAUGUCCACCAUUUCGAGACUGAAUUUCGGAAAAUAGAUCCGUUUCCACCCGAGAAUCCUGCUCACCCUGACCUCAGUCCGUUGUCCCUCCAUGACAAGGUUCACCUCUUCCACCAAAGACUAGGCGACCAAGAAGGCCGCAUCCUCCGAUCAGGACAGCCUCUAAUCCCAAGGUUGGAUCCAAAGAAACAUCACAUCGAUUACGACAAGUGGACGGAGGAUGUUGCUCAUCUCUACCUUGUGCCUCACAUUAACUUGCAAGAGCUCAGUGACCCAACUCGGCUCAUGCAGUUCAUAUACAGCCGGACCACCGUCGCUCCAAUACAUUUCAUGCAGCAGGACUUCCAGUCGACGCAUCUCGGCCGAGCCUUGCGUAUCCUUACGGGCCCUUUCUCCCUCCAUUGUGUCCAUUGGGAGGUACCCCAGGAUGGUGACCUCGCCGAUCAUACAGACGUCAAGUUGAACUUUAUGAACUACGGGUUCGGGAAUGUCACAAAGCUGAAGCUCAAGGGCGAAUCUCCCAACAUGCUCUACGUCGGGGAUGCCUGGGUUACGCUCAAGGCGCAGGAGGUGACGUAUAGGUUUCUUCGCAAAUUCUGCAUAAAGCUGCUAGGGCAAAUGAAAGUCGGGGUGAGGGGGUUCAAAGUCCUCAAGCAACCAGAAAUCGCUAUCAAAGACAAAAAAACACUCUUAGAAGAUUCCAGAGCGGCAAAAGCGGAGUUUUCUUUGGGCGCAAAGGAUCCCAGCCCGACUGCCAUGCUCGCUUCGGCACCAUUCCAUAAUCAUCUGCAGAGGGUUGAGGAUGCCGGCCACGACCCGACGAAGAUUCUUCGCGAAUCGCUGUCCUCGCAGCUCGAUAGCGCUACAGAUCAUCUGGUAUCCCUCAUCAAAGAGCCAGAAUACUUCCACAUGCGUAUGCAGGAGGAGUACGACCAGAACUAUCUGCAUCUUUAUCCGCCCUAUUUGCAUGGCGAUGAGAUGAGAUGGGAUGUCUUCAUCGACCUCUUGAGGAACGUCUUCCGGAGGCCACUGACGGAAAUGACUCUGCUUGACUACGUCGAUGAUGCGCGAAAGGACCUGGAGGAAUCCGAGAGGCAAUACCGAAAGUAUAAUUUGCCAACGAGGAUAAGCAUGGAAACCGCGUUUCGUGUAAGAAAGCAGACAGAGGAUAAGAUCCCAGAAAGAGUGUACAAGUCCGGGAUUUCCCACCGGCUUGAAGACUUCUUAUGCGAAAUCGAAGCAGGGCGGUUACCAGAGCAAUUAAGAGACUUAGACUUCAUUCCAGAUUUUUGGGAAUGGGAAAAAGCCCAGCAUCAGCCGGAAUACUACUUGUCUGGAGCGAGAAAGAGCAGGUCACUCAGAGUGCAGGUCAGAGGAAUGCUCGCCUGCAUGCACUACAUCAUCAUGAUAACUAGGAAGUGCCCCGUAGCGUCGACGCCCGCGAUGAGAAGGUACUAUAAGAAGCAACCGAAUCUGAAGAAGCACACUGGCCCAAUGGGAAGCGUAAUCACUCCGCGACUGCGACGUGCGCUGCGACGCUUUCCUCCGCUGGAUCCACGGCUCAAUUCUCGGGGCAGAAGAGAGAUCGUAACGGACCAGAGAAUCAGGUCACUACACAAGCUUCUUGUCGAGUUCCUGGCGUCGGAGGAAAUCACCGAAGUCAUCACUCUCGGAAAGCUGUUACGGAGAAUCGCCGCGGUGAAGGAUUCGCUGGAAACGGCAGAUGACCGAUUCCAUGCAAUUCGGCAAAACAUAUCUGAGCUCCUGGAUAGCGUGGCAGCCAUAUACUUGUUCGUAGAACAGGAGAGCGUCCUAAAUCCUACUCCAAUUGUUCCACUAUCUCGAGGGCUGGUGGAAAUGAGAUUCGCAAGGGCCAUGCGAGCCAGCCAGUAUCAAGCAGAAUGGCUAUAUGAGCUGAAGAGCAUGGUCUCGCGACGCCUUGAGAAGCUAGAUGAGUUUCCUAUCGAAAAUCGGAUCACACUUGCAACGCUUAGGGCACUCUAUGACCAGCACAAGCGAUGGGUGAAGAGGCAGAGGCGCAAUGAAACCAAUCCCAGUCGAGACGCGGCGCGAGAUAAGGGUGGAGACAAGGAUAGGGACACGGACAGCGAGAAAACCCUUGAAGCCCUCGACGCCUUUUGGAAGGACCUUGUGAAGUAUCUUCGAAAAGAGAGCUUGUACGUCCCUGAUGGGAUUCCUAAUGCGGAGUCGAACCGAAACCAAACUGUUCAAGGGGGGCCACCUCCGGAUCCUCCUGCUUUCCCCUCAGUCCGUGAAAUUUUGGCAAGGAACUGGAUGGCUGCCCAGUUUAAUAUGGGGACGAUCGACUUGUGGAAGUUUUUGGUGAAUUCAAACACGGGUCAUGUCCACAUCCCCGGUAUACGGGGACAAAUCAGUGACGUUAUGGAAAAUUGGAAAGCCAUGGAACAUCUGAAGUACAUCAACGCCUUCACCCCGCAGCCUGUGCCUAACAAUCUGCUAAAGUUGACGAUUCUUCCGCAGACUGCUCGGGAUUUUGUUCAGGAGCGUCUUCAGAAUCUUUCUCAAAACGAUUUUCGAAUGAUAAGCAAAGACGAGGUUGUUUUCAUAUGGGCGUUUGCUGUUCACUAUGCUCUUGAGGUUGAAAAGGCUCAAAUCCUGGCGUUGAACAGUUGUGCAUACUCUUCGGGGCUGUACGCCAAUGCGAUUUCCAUGAAGGUAUCCUACGUUCCGUUAAUACCAAAGUGGCUUGAGAGGGUUCUUGGCGAUGGUGAUGAGCUUCCUUACGACCACGAUGGAAAGGACGAUUCAGCACCGGCCGAGCCGGAACCGCAGAUCGAGGUGGAGCAGGAUCUGGGGCAGUCCAUGGACCUAAGUUUCCUCACGCAACUUAUAGGCUCACGCCAAGGAAGCCCGAGACCUUCUCACGAUGUACUGGUCCGCAACGCAGUAGCGGCAUUCUCGGCUCCUCCUCCUCCUCCUCCUCCUCCUCCUCCUCCUCCUCCUCCUCUUCCUAGAGAGCCAUCCCCGGAGAAUGCAGGGCCGGAGCAGGAGAAAAAUGCUCAAGAAGAUGGUGACGAGGUGAUGGAGGAUGCGGAAGAUGCAGUCGAUAAUAUGCAGGGGAGAGUCCAAGGAUUCCAUUACUGGUGGCUGAGCUCCUUGAACGACGAGCUGUGGCAGCAGCUGGUGCAGAGGCACGGAGGAUUCGUCGAUGAAAGUACGGGGACGCGGCGAACUCACCGAGAGAUUCCGCCUGGCGUACGAAGGGCUUAUAUGGCAAGAGUCCAACAGGCGGCACAGGAGGAAAGCGAUUCGGAAACGGGCGGAGGGGUAUCGAACAUUAAGAAGAAGUCGAUACAGCGCACAUUCCGGUGCAUAUUCUACCGCGAUAUCGGCAACGGGCAGCGCACAAACGCCGUGACGACGAACUCCUUCCGCGAGUUCAUGGCCGCCAUCGGCUGGAGCUCCGUGCCGAACCAGGGAUCUAUGCUCCGGUUCACGUACGACGCCAGGAGGGGCCUCUUCCCGCCAUCCCAGCUUAGCAGGCACCAGUUCGUGAUCCAUAUGCCGCAUGCGUCAGAUGGGAGGACGUGGCCGGCUGGGCUUAUUGAUAGUGCUAGGCAGAGGUUGAAGACUUUGAAGAUUGAUUAUUCCAGUAUUAUCAAGUAUUAUUCCUUUCAGAGUUGA